UUCCUCCUCUUCAUCCACCAUGACUCCAUAUUCUCACCUCGCUUUUAAACUGAACAAAGAUCUUGAGAUCUCCUCUGCUGAAGUGAGACUUUGCUCUGUACAACUGUACUGUAGAGCCCACAUUGACAUGAAACAGAGAAACACUGUACAAAAACUAUACGACAGUCUGCACUGUACUGCUGUGAUAUGACAUCCACAGUGCCUCAAAACUUAUUGACUCAGCAGUGAGAUUAAUUUUAUGGAUUUACAACAUCUGCUGUAUUCUGUUAGACCACAGUGUCAUCAAGUGGAGUUUCUAGUGAAUAAAUCAAAUGUUUAUGAAACAUCUUUGAUUCUACAUUGCCAGUAGGAGGAGCUAGAGUAUACAACUCAGGAUUAGAUUAUGAAUCCUCAAGAUAAAACAUGAAACUACCAUGAAGAACAUUGCCAGUUGAUGCUGUGCUUUUCAUCAUCAGUUGGUGCUUAUUCUACACAUCCUGGCAUCUACAAUGUUGUUCUGUUCACUAUUACUCUUAAUUGACUUGAAAGGUCUCAGUUCUGAACAGGUUUUAACACCCUACAGUGAUGUAGAAGUAGCUUCAGAAAGGGACAGAGUUACUCUCUCUUGUAACUACUCCUCUGGUGACACUCUUCAAUGGUAUCGGCAAUAUCCCAAUUCAGCACCACAGUUACUGGUUAUGGAGUAUGGUGAUAUUACACCAGGGUUCACUCUAAAUCAUGACAAAAAAGCCAAACGUGUGGAUCUGGAGAUCUCGUCUGCUGAAGUGACAGACUCUGCUCUGUACUACUGUGCCCUGGAGUCCACAGUGACAGGAGACCUGCCAACACCGUUCAAAAACUGCUAUCUAUUCAAGAGGAGGACGUCCCGGACAUCAACUGAACUGAUCAUAACAAGCCUAACCCUGACAGGUUCAUCUCUCUACUACUGUGCUCUCAGGGAUUGUUAUAACCAGUGUUGUUAUACCCAGCGAUACAUAUACUGUGGAAGUCAUGUUAAUGACAUUACUCCAACAUCAGAUAAGGCGUUUGGGUUGGAGGGUGAUGUCAUAAAUCUGUCCUGUAACUACUCCUCUGCUAGUACUCUCCAGUGGUAUCACCAGUACCCUGGAUCAUCUCCCAUCUUCCUCCUCCUCACUGGAGUGUCCUCAAACCCGUCUGUGGUGAACGUUACUCCUCCAUACCCACCACUGCCUGUUAAACUGAAUGAAGAGAGAACCCCUGUUGAGAUGGAGAUCUCCUCUGUAGAACAACCUGGAUCCUCUCCACAGUUCUUCAUCCUGGACUACUCUGGGGUCAUAACCAACACUGAUAGUACAAAAUGGACCCUCAUACAUGAAAUGGAUCUGGACAUCUCCUCUGCUGAAGUGACAGUCUCUGCUCUGUACUACUAA